UACCACUUCCAUCAACGAAGACGACGACGGCACCAAUCAACCACCGAGGUCCGUUGAAUGCAGCCAUCAAGGCAGCUUCGUUCCGACACCUCCUCACUCCCCUGUUCAGCAGCACUUCGCAACCCAGAUGGCGGACAGCAGUGACAGAGCUCAACGAAUUAUCCACGCAGCACUUUUACGCCAUCCGAAGGAUCGCUCUCUCGAGAGGAUUGACAUCCACAACGCCCGCACAUUCAUCACAUUCGUAUUCGGCCAUGGUCGCGUCAAGUACGGAGACAAACCGAAAAAACACGCCUUCCAACAGCUGGACUCCGCAACGCUUGUUGCUCUCGGUGUACUUAUUCGGCUCAGAGACAUCAGGGCCAACUCCACCUCCGCUAUCAAGGCGCUUUGUACCAAAGCCCCGAGUCUCAUCUCGGAGACAUGUUGACGCUGUUGAUGCUAUCCAGCGGGCUGCCGGGGAUUUGGACGAUGCGCCGGGAUCUGGGGCUCCUCCGGCCUCCGCCGUCCCCGCCCCUGCCUCCGCUACGCCGAUGGCAGCGCAACCUUCGGGCACUGGCGAGCCCUACGCCGGUACCACUUCCACGGAUUCUCAAGACGCCCUCCCGGUGCCCAGGUCGAGCCAUAAACGGCCGAGAGUGGAGGCAGAUGAUGCUUCAUCUGUCGCCUUUCAAGCGCCCGUUAUAUCGUCCGAUCUCCGCGCCGCUGCCCCGUUCCUCAUUCAACCAGGACUCGGUCAGGCCCCGCCGCCAACCCCACACGGCGACGGGAACUGGACUCGCAGCCCUUGCGAGAGCCCGACGUCCCAGCCGCACGGCAUCGACUCCCGCGCCUCCCAUCCUCUCCCCGCUCUGCCAACCGCCGAUCCGCAGCCCGAAAGGAGCGUCGUACAUAUUCUCUUUAGGCCAUCCAGCGACAUGUUCGAGGCGGCUUUUCCUGGAGUGGGUCUUAUUUCCGCCAUGGCAAAGUCGAAGCAAGAGUUCGUGGGCGGUCGCGGCUAUUCUGCCAUUGCAAACUUUUAUAUCUACGACGACAUGGCCACUGAGAUGGAUAUUUGUCUCGGCAGAGCUGAUGAACAAUCUUGCGCCUAUGCGGCUGACCGGGUGCGCACGAUCCUCGGGAAUGUUCCUGGCGUGUCUGUCGAGGUCCAGCAAGUUUGCCAGAUGAAGAUAGUGGUACUCCCUCAUCCAGAGUCUGUUCACGUCGGGUCGAUGCUAGCUGGUAUAUUUAUAUAGCAGUCUUCAUUCAAACUUAACAUCCAUCGAACCCACUGUGACAGUUUGCCCCGCCGGGACAGCCUUUCGAUCUUCUUUUCGUAAAGCUUCCAUAGAAAGCUCCUCCUCCCCAAUUUUAAUCU